GGCCGGGCGGAGAGAGUGGGGCACUCCUAGCAGCUCACCUUUAGGCAGGGGUGCCACCCGGAGAGCACAGGCCCAGGGGCGGGCUCUACGGAACGCGCUCCUCCCACGCGGGUGUCAGGUUUACGGAACACAGCUCCCUGGCCGGACGCACGGUGGCCUGGCGGCCGCCAGAACCCCCUUCACCUCUCCCGGCCUGACUUGACCCUGUCUGGACGCGCCAUGUUCGCUCGUGGAUCCCGGAGGCGCCGCUCCGGGCGUGUGCCUCCAGAAGCAGAGGACCCAGACCGGGGCCAGCCCUGCAACUCCUGCAGAGAGCAGUGCCCGGGCUUCCUGCUGCACGGUUGGAGAAAGAUCUGCCAACACUGCAAAUGCCCAAGGGAGGAGCACGCGGUGCACACCGUGCCUGUGGAUCUGGAACGCAUCAUGUGUCGGCUCAUCUCGGACUUCCAGCGCCACUCCAUCUCCGACGACGACUCAGGCUGUGCAUCCGAAGAGUAUGCCUGGGUGCCCCCGGGCCUUAAGCCCGAGCAGGUAUACCAGUUUUUCAGCUGCCUUCCAGAGGACAAGGUCCCCUAUGUCAACAGUCCUGGGGAGAAAUACAGGAUCAAGCAACUGCUGCACCAGCUGCCUCCACAUGACAGUGAGGCCCAGUACUGCACGGCAUUGGAAGAAGAGGAGAAAAAAGAACUUAGAGCCUUCAGCCAGCAGCGGAAGCGGGAGAAUCUGGGGCGUGGCACCGUGCGCAUCUUCCCAGUGACCAUCACUGGGGCCAUCUGUGAGGAGUGUGGGAAGCAGAUCAGAGGUGGGGACAUUGCAGUGUUUGCAAGUCGUGCAGGCCUGGGGGCCUGUUGGCACCCACAGUGCUUUGUGUGCACCACAUGCCGGGAGCUGCUCGUUGACCUCAUCUACUUCUAUCAUGCUGGCAAGGUCUACUGCGGGCGUCACCAUGCUGAACGCCUGCGCCCACGCUGCCAAGCCUGUGAUGAGAUCAUCUUCUCCCCUGAGUGCACGGAGGCUGAGGGCCGGCACUGGCACAUGGGUCACUUCUGCUGCUUUGAGUGUGAAGCUUCACUAGGAGGACAGCGAUAUGUCAUGCGUCAGAGCCGCCCCCACUGCUGCACCUGCUACGAGGCCCGCCACGCCGAGUACUGUGACAGCUGUGGGGAGCACAUCGGUCUGGACCAGGGCCAGAUGGCUUACGAGGGCCAGCACUGGCAUGCCUCAGACCACUGCUUCUGCUGCAGUCGCUGUGGUCGAGCCCUGCUGGGCCGCCCCUUUCUGCCCCGCCAUGGCCUAAUCUUCUGCUCUCGAGCUUGCAGUCUUGGGUCAGAGCCCAAGGUCCCAGGCCCGGGCCGCCGUAGCUGGAGCGCAGGCAUUGUCACUCCCCCACUCACAGCCUCCACAGCCUCUUUCACUGCUUCAGAGGGGGCACCAGAGACGGCCACCAAAAGCACCUGCGCGGAGGCAGGGCCAGGCCCCGAGGAGCCCUCUCACUUUCUGAGAGGGGCCCCCCACCGCCACUCCAUGCCAGAGCUGGGGCUCCGCAGUGCUCCAGAGCUGCCCUUCACGUCUCCUGGGCAACCUGACCUGCACCAGGAAGAUGGUGCCUUUGGUCGCCAGAGCGCCCCUCGUGUCAGCUUCCGAGACCCGCUGGUGUCUGAGGGAGGCCCACGGCGGACCCUGAGCGCACCCCCAGCCCAGCGCCGCAGGCCCCGCAGUCCUCCACCCAGGGCCCCCAACCGUCCUCGGCAUCGCAGGCAUCACCACCACCACCACCACCACCAUCGUCAUCAUCACUCUGGCAGACAUGGCCGCCAUCAGUGUGACUUGGCAUCAGGGUCAGACUCAGGAUCUUGCUCCAGCUCACUCUCCAGUCCCAGCUCUGAGUCCUCCGAGGAUGAUGGCUUCUUCCUAGGGGAACGGAUCCCACUGCCCCCACACCUGCGCAGGCCCAGGACCCCUCAGGACACUGCAUCUGAGACCAACUCCACAGCCCUGCAGCUCCCUGGGGACUCUCAGCUAGGGAUACCUCGCCAGGCCCGGGACAAGAACUGUAUUGUGGCUUGAAAGCAGACAAUCCCAGAGGGGGCUCCAUUCUCUGGUCUGCACAUGACAACACACACCAGAAACGAAGUCAUAAAUCCCCUUCCUUCCUCCCUCUUUCCUGUUUGUAUUACUGAAGUAAUUUAAUGUGUUGUAAAACAGGCCUUGCUUCUUUGCCUCCUGGCUCCAGCUGCCCCCCUCCCCCCAAACUUCCCCUCCUGAUGCGUGAGAUUUAUCCACAAUUGAUCAGAGGAUUAAUUUAUUCAUUAUCAUAGAUUUUAGCAAUCUGUUUAUUUUCCACUCCAAAGAACCACCCUCUACACUGAGGAGGUCAUUCCAGUGGGUCACCAGUGGAGCUUACACUCUGAAAUUAGAGGCACCCCCUCCCUUUCUGUAACUUAGGAGCGGGUGUGGGUCCACAAAAAACUGAUGUCUCCUUUGGGAUGCUGCAGAAGGGAGACCUGGCCACACCCAUAGAGGUGACCACACCCAGGAGGGUUGCUUGGCAAGCUGGAAGACAAAAU